AUGCUGUCCAGGCUCGCGCGUGCCGCCGACGCAAUCGACCCGAAGACCGCGGCACUUGCUGCGGCCACUGCCGCGGCGGCGCUGCUGCCGGCGGUCCACGUGGGAGACGGGCACCUCUCGCGCAACCGCGCUGCGGUGGGGGCAGUCUUUGCUGAGCGAAUGACGCUCUCGCGGCUGCAGGCGCAGCCGCCCAGCGCACUCGGCUGCACGCAGGCGGCGGCGGCGCUGCAGCCGCUCAUGGUGAGAGAGGGCGACCAGGCGGACGCGGCGCUGGUCCUCGACCUCUUCCGCUCGGACGAGGACGAGGGCGAGGAGGAGGCGCGAGACGGCGAGUCGGGGUACGACGCGGCGGCUGCGUACGACGUGGGCGCAGACCCGUGGGCGACCGCGGCGCUCCCCGGCUACAACGCAUCCGGGCCUCGCGCUGCCCUCUCGCACAGCUGGGCCGCUCUGCUGCACGCGCCGUCGGCGGCGUGGGUGCUGCCCGCACCCGGACUCCUCGAGCCCGCCGUGCUGCACUUGCCCGCCGGAGCAGCGCUCAUGCUGGACGGCUCCGUCCGGUGGCGCCUCGUCGACGUGGAGGCGGAGGAGGCCGCCGCCGCCGCCCCCUCAACCCCGCGCGGAGGCGUCGCGCGCACGUUUAGCAGCCGCGGCCUCGCAGACGACUUGUCGCGAUGCCUGGUUGCUUUCGAGUACGCGACGCCGCCGCUGCCUCGCGACGACGCGGCCGCGCCGGAGGGGUGGGACGACCGGCUGGCGAGCUGGCGCCGCCUCGCCCAGCGGGCGCUGCUCGAGGCGGCCCUCGGCGCGGUGGCGGCUGCGGCGUGCGCCGGGCUCAGCUCGAGCGUGGUGGUUGACCUGGCAGGGGGUCGGGACAGAGGGGACGGCGGGCCAGAGGUUACUUGGUACUGA